ACUCAUAGCGAGUUCUUACGAGAUGUGGGAGGUAAAUUGAAGAUCUUCGAAAAACUGCUAUAUAUUUCCUAAUUCAAACUUAUCCUGAUUAGUUAUAUGCAUGUGUUAGUCACGUUAGAAAACAUUAUAAGAAUUACACAAAGAGAUGAAUAAACGUUUCUGAAAUGAGUGUCAACGAAUUAUAUUCGAAGGAUGCCCGAAUUUGGGUGGCCGACGAGCACGAGGUUUGGAAGAGUGCUAUCCUCAAGGAGGAUUAUACUAAUGGAAAUGAACUACAAAUCUUAUUUGAAGAUGGAGAAGAAAGUUUAAUAAAAGUUAAGUCUAAAAAUGAUCUUCCUCCUCUACGCAAUCCUGAGAUUUUAGUAGGUGAAAAUGAUCUAACAUCGCUAAGUUAUUUACACGAACCUGCUGUUUUGCAUAAUUUAAGAGUCAGAUUUUUGGAUCGAAACAUUAUUUAUACUUAUUGCGGAAUCGUCCUUGUUGCUAUAAACCCUUACCAACAACUGCACAUUUAUGACAGCGAUACCAUGUUAACUUAUAGAGGUCAAGAUAUGGGAAAUCUUGAACCUCACAUUUUUGCUGUUGCUGAAGAGGCUUAUAAAAGGCUAUCGAGAUACAACGAAAGCCAGUCGAUUAUAGUCAGUGGUGAAUCGGGUGCUGGUAAGACAGUCAGUGCUAAAUAUGCUAUGAGAUAUUUUGCUACAAUUGGAGGAGCUCAGGCUGAUACACAAAUUGAGAAAAAAGUUUUAUCUUCAAAUCCCAUAAUGGAGGCUAUUGGCAAUGCAAAAACUACAAGAAAUGACAACAGUUCCAGAUUUGGAAAAUAUAUAGAAUUAGGUUUCGACAAGGAAGAUACCCUCAUUGGAGCUCAUAUGAGAACUUAUCUCUUGGAAAAAUCUCGCGUUGUCUUUCAAUCAUCAAACGAAAGGAAUUAUCAUAUUUUUUAUCAAUUGUGUGCGGUAUCAGAUCGCGAUGAUUAUAAGGAAUUAUCUCUUGGAGAUCCAAAUAUAUUUCUUUAUACAAAUCAAGGUCAAGCUCCAAUUAUUGAUGGUGUUAAUGAUGAAGAGUUAUUUCAGGAAACUAUUGAUGCUUUAUUGAUGUUGGGAGUUAGUCACGCUACACAAAUGGAAUUAUACAGAAUAGUAGCAGGAAUUUUACAUUUAGGAAAUGUCGUCUUUCUAGAAGAGGAUAGCGAAUCUUGUUCAAUAUCUGAAAGGGAUAAACAUCUACCUUUAAUGUCUAGAUUAUUUGGUGUUGAUGAAGAGAAUAUGCGCAAGUGGCUAUGUGUAAAGAAAAUAACAACUGGUAAUGAAAUUUUUGAAAAACCACUUUCAAAAAGUCAGGCCUUUUUCACCAAAGAUGCUUUAUCUAAGUACAUUUAUUCAAAAUUUUUUCAUUACAUUGUUCAAUUGGUGAACGACCGUUUGAAUAUUGCAAAAAAACACACAAAAUUUAUUGGUGUCUUAGAUAUUUAUGGGUUUGAAACGUUCGAAGUAAAUAGUUUUGAACAGUUUUGUAUAAACUAUGCAAAUGAAAAAUUACAACAACAAUUUUGUUUGCACGUUUUCAAAUUGGAACAAGAGGAAUAUGUUAAAGAAGAAAUUGAGUGGUCGUUUAUAGAUUUUUAUGACAAUCAACCAUGUAUAGAUUUAAUUGAAGGUAAGUUGGGAAUUUUGGAACUGCUCGACGAAGAAUGUAAGAUGCCUAGAGGUUCAGAUUCUAAUUGGUGUUUGAAAUUGGGAUCUAAACAUGGAAAGAACAAACAUUUUACGGUACCUAGAAUGAGACAAAAAUCUUUUAUUAUACAUCAUUUUGCCGACGAUGUUGAAUAUUUUACGGAUGGAUUUUUGGAAAAGAAUAGAGAUACGAUUCUCGAAGAGCAAGUUAAGGCUUUGAGAGAAAGUAAAAGAGACUUCAUUCGAAUGCUCUUCGCAGACGAAGAUACAAAUAAAAAACAAACUGUUAUUAGACCUGCUAGGGAAAGUCAACGUUCUACAAGAUCUCAUAAACAAACUGUUGCAUCGCAAUUUAAAGUAUCGCUCACACAAUUAAUGGAAACUUUAUUCUCAACAACACCGCAUUAUGUUCGUUGUAUAAAACCUAAUGAUAUAAAAGCAUCUUUCAAUUUUGAACCCAAAAGAGCUGUACAACAACUGAGAGCUUGCGGUGUACUGGAAACUAUAAGGAUCAGCGCAGCUGGUUAUCCAUCAAGAUGGAAAUAUCAAGACUUUUUCCAAAGAUAUAAAUUAUUAUUAAAGUUUAAAGAUAUUAAUAAGAAGAAUGUUAAAAAAACUAGUGAGAAACUUUUACAAUCCCUAAUUAAGGAAAAGGAUAAAUACCAAUUUGGUAAAACUCAAAUAUUCUUUCGUGCUGGUCAAGUAGCCUACUUGGAAAAACUACGAACCGAUAAGCUUAAAGCCAGCUCUAUAUUAAUACAGAAAAUUAUUAAAGGAUGGCUCCAAAGAAUCAAAUAUAAAAAGAUUAGAAGAUCUAUCCUUCUUGUACAAUGCUACGGUAAAUCGUUGUUAGCUAGGAAGAAGGCUGAACAAUUAAGAAGAAUAAGGGCUUGUCUACGAUUACAAAGUGCUUUUAGAAUGUUCAAGGCAAGGAGAAAGUUUAAUAUUGUAAAGAGAUCGGUUGAAUUAAUCCAGACAUAUGGUAGAGCUAAAUUGGCAAGGGAUCAGUACAGAGAAAAGUUUAUGCGCAAAAAUGUACUUCUUCUACAACAGACUAUAAAAAUGUGGAACGCUAGAAGAACUUAUAAACGUUGUAUAAAAGGAAUUAUUCAGCUUCAAGCUCAUGUAAGACGAAAAUUGGCAAAGAGAGAAUACAAACGUUUAAGAAUCGAAGCUCGUUCCGUUGAAAAUAUCAAGAAAGUUGCUAAAGGAUUAGAGAAUAAGGUUAUAUCUCUUCAAAUGAAAAUCGAAGAUCAAAAAGAUGAAAUGGUUCUAUUAAAGAAGGAUAGAGAAAGAUUAGAUGAAGCUAAAAAAGAAUGCGUUCGUCUUAAAGAAUUUGAAACUGAGAGCAAAACUAAAAGUAGUCGAAUUGAAGAGUUACAAAUUAUAAUAGAAAAAUUAAAAGCAGAAAUAGAUAAGGAAAGAGAAGAGAAAGAAAAGUUAAUUAAAGAUCAAACACUUAGGAAUGAAGAAGAUAGAAAAAUAAUGGAAGAAUUGAAAGCUGAAAACUUAACUUUAACUUUAAAACUAUCGACUGCUAAAGAAAGUGUUGACAAAAUUGAGUUAAACCAAGCAGAUUUGCUUAAUGAGAAAAUAGACGAAUCAAAUAAAGAAUUUGAAAUAGAAAGAGUCAAUCAUCAAAAAGUUAUCAAAGAAUAUGAAAUAUUAUUACAAAAGUAUACAAGCCUUCAAGAAGAAUCAAAGCAUAGACACGGACAUCGAAGAAAUUUAUCAGAUUUAAGCGAUAUAAGCAUUGAAUCAGAAUCCGGUAUUAGCUCCGAAAGGAACUCUGAGCAAGGAACUUUGCCAAGACGAGCUCACAGUGACCAUAAGAAAAAUGGCACACAGAUGUCACCAGCUGACUUGUCAAUUAUUAGCCGACUGCAAAACAGAGUUCGAGAUUUGGAAAGUGAUAAAUCACGCCUCGAGAAACAAUUGGAGCAGAAGGAGGAUUUAAGCGAAUUAAAGGAAGACUUAAAUGUUUUAGAUUCUUCGGAUACCGAUAUCAGAAAUGCUAUACGCCUACAAGAAGUCGAAAUGGAGAAUAAUAAGCUAAAGACAGAGAUUACAAAGAUAAGAGCAAGUAUUGCUGAGGAUGAAGAUAAAGGUUUAACUCAAUUUUUAACUCAAUUCGAAGCAAUGUCAGCUGAACUGGAGAGAAGACGCGAAGAAUGUAUACAAUUAAGAACUAUGAUAACUUCCAGAACUCAUGGAUUACCAAUGAUGAAAGAUAAUGAAAAUUCACUGCCUAACGACGAUGGAGAAUUAGAAAUGGCUUAUAGAAGCCAAAAAGAGUCAAACAUGAUAUUAAAAACUCAAAUAGAACAGGCUGAAGAAAUUCAAAAACAAAAUAAUGGUGAGAUUACUCGACUAAGAGAGAAGUGCGAUCAUUUAGAAGAUCAAGUAUCAAAGAAUCUAGAAAACAGUACUGACAGUGUUAUCAACUCAACACUUCAACACGAAGUCUCUAAAUUAACUGUUGAAAAUUUGGAUUUAAAGGAAAGCGCCGAAAAUCAAACAAGAUUAAUCAAGAAGUUGAAAAAAGCAUUGAAAAUCUAUGCUAAAAAAUUAAAGAAUAAUGAAACACCCGAUGUUGUCAUUACUGAUAUUGACAUUGACGAUAAUCUACCAGAAGUUCGACAUCAUAGCAAUCGCCAAUAUCUUGGAAUGUUAGAAUACAAAAGGGAAGACGAGCAAACUUUAAUGCGAAAUCUAAUAAUCGACUUAGAACCAACGCUAGCCUCAAGUGAACUUCCGUCACUUCCAGCUUAUAUUCUAUUUAUGUGUAUUAGGCACUCUGACUACUUAAAUGAUGAUGAGAAAUUAAAAUCUUUAAUGGUGACUGCUGUUAAUUCAAUUAAAGUUGCUGUAAAGAAUAGGAAAGGUGAAGAGUUAGAAUCUAUGGUGUUAUGGUUAUCGAAUUCGUGUAGAUUAUUAAAUCAUCUUAAGCAGUAUAGCGGCGAAUCACCUUUCCAAAAGCAAAAUACCGCUAAGCAGAAUGAACACUGUCUAAGAAAUUUCGACUUGUCACCCUAUAGGCCGGUUCUUAUGGAUGUCGCUGUCUGGAUAUAUCAAGGUCUUAUUAAACAUCUAGAAAAGAAAUUAGAAAGUUUGAUUGUAUCUGCUGUACUGGAACACGAAGCUAUUCAAGGUUUAUCGGCGGGAAAGCCAGGAGGUUUAAGAGGAAGAAUACAUAGCGCCGACGCUACAGAUUCUGAAGCAGGUUUAGAGAGGCUUCUAAGAUGCUUAGAUGGAUUCUUAUCAGUACUGAAUAAACAUUCACUCGAUCCCGAUAUAACUAAUCAAGUCUUUAGACAAUUGUUCUACUUUAUCUGCGCUAACUCUUUAAAUAACCUUCUAUUAAGAAAGGAAAUGUGCCAUUGGAGUAAGGCUAUGCAGAUUAGAUACAACGUAACUCAUCUAGAACAGUGGCUAAGAGACAACAAAUUAGCUCAGCAGCAAACGUUGGAGACAUUAGAACCCAUCAUUCAAGCAUCUCAAUUACUACAAGCUAGAAAAUCGGAAGAAGAUGUCGAUGCAAUAUGUGAAAUGUGCACGAAAUUGACCGCUGCCCAGAUAAUUAAAAUUUUAAAUCUUUAUACACCUGUCGAUGAAUUUGAAGAAAGGGUUCCGGUAACAUUUAUAAGGAAAAUGCAAUUAAAAUUAGUCGAUGUUAAAUCAACACAAACUCAACAACUGCUUAUGGAUAAAAAGUUCAAUUUUGCAGUUACAUUUCAAUUUAGCCCGACUUCGAUAGGUUUUGAAACUAUUCAGAUACCGGACAACUGGAAUUUGGAUUUCUUAAAAAGACUAUAGAAUUAAAUGAAUAUAAAUUGAAAAUGUGCUAUAAAUUUUGUUUCUUCGUUUUUCGAAAAUUAAACAGCUGUGA